UGCGCUGUCUGGCUGAUGGCUUUGCUGCCCUGUCCUAUCCUCCGGUGUUCUGUUUGCUCCAGCUUGGCAGGAAGAGCAGGACCCCAGCACCUGGCUGUAGCGAGCAGCCUGGCUGAGGAGGAAGGCAGGAUGUUCCAGUCCGUGAUGCCUCUGAGAUUCUCCGUGUCUGACAACAUCACCCAUUCGACUGCCUUGGUGACAGCCCUGGAUAAUGUGACAAGCUUGUACCCAACGACAACACAGGCAACCAAUGACACCAACAUCACUGUGCCGCACAAGUGCCUGUUGUUGCUCUAUGAGGACAUCGGGAAGUCCAGAGUCCGCUACUGGGAUCUUCUGCUCCUGGUGCCCAAUGUGCUUUUCUUUGUGUUCCUUCUCUGGAAGCUGCCCUCUGCCAGGGCCAAAAUCCGGGUCACUUCCAGCCCCAUCUUCACUACAUUCUACAUCCUAGUAUUUGUGGUGGCUUUAGUUGGCAUUGCCCGUGCUGUUGUCUCCAUGACUGUGAGUGCCUCUGAUGCUGCCACAGUUGCUGAUAAGAUCCUGUGGGAGAUCACAAGGUUCUUCCUUCUGGCGAUUGAAUUGAGUGUGGUGAUUCUAGGUCUUGCCUUUGGUCACCUGGAGAGCAAGUCCAGUGUGAAACGAGUUCUGGCAAUCACUACAGUGCUGUCCCUGGCUUAUUCUGUCACCCAGGGCACCCUGGAAAUCCUGUACCCUGAUGCCCACCUCUCAGCAGAGGACUUCAACAUCUAUGGCCAUGGAGGGAGACACUUCUGGCUUGCCAGCUCCUGCUUCUUCUUUCUGGUCUAUUCCUUCGUGGUGAUUCUUCCAAAGACUCCUCUGAAAGACCGGAUUUCCUUGCCCUCCAGGAAGAGUUUUUAUGUCUAUGCUGGAAUCCUGGCACUGCUGAACCUGGUGCAGGGCCUGGGCAGUGCCCUCCUCUGUGUGGAUAUCAUAGAAGGAUUGUGCUGUGUUGAUGCUACCACGUUCCUUUACUUCAGCUUCUUUGCACCUCUCAUCUACGUGGCAUUCCUGAAAGGCUUCUUUGGGUCUGAACCGAAGAUCCUUUUCUCCUACAAAUGUCAGGUGGAUGAACCAGAAGACGUGGACGUGCACCUUCCCCACCCUUACGCUGUUGCCAAGAAGGAGGGCCUGGAUUCUGGCUUCUACUCGAGCACUCAGAUUGACACAGCAGCCUACAUGGAUGACAUGGCCUCUCUGCCCUACCAUGUGGGCAGCGUCAACAGCAUAGACAGUGACCGUUGGAAAGCCAUCAACGCCUGAGCAGAGCUGCCUCAUCCCUCUCCUUCCUGACCCCCUCACACCACAGCCAUUGGGAUGUCCAUUGGAAACCUGUCCUUGGCUAUUGGCCAUGGCUUUCCUCUCUUCCUUAGGAUUUCCAAAACCUGUUGUGGAAUUCAGCUGGCAGCCCAAAUUCUGUUGGGAAGAACAUUUACUGUUGCUACUUGAGGACAAUGUAGAACAGUUUUGUUCAUAAACCUAUAAACACUGAACCUUCCUGACCCUCCAUGUUCCAGAUGUGAAUGUGACUUAGAAGACAAGGCCUGACAGGCACCUCUUCCUUUCAAUGACUGAAAGCACUUGUCUGGGGAAUGGUGUUUAGGAUGAGGGUGUUGAUUUCACUGUUGUAUUGUACAUAUGUAGAAAGAGUUUGGUGGUUGGAACUGAAGAUGGUCUUCCUGGGCCGUUCCAAGUAGAAUGGUUGCUUGGUCUGGUCAUGAUGCAACAGAGGGGAUAGUGUCUGAGGGAAGCUGAUCAGCUGGGCUCACCUCUGCUUUCAGUCAGUGCUGAUGGAAGUCAUGAACUGCAGUUGCUAGGGGUUAAAAAGAGUGUUCUGGGUGGCAAGGAGAGGUGUGGAGAGGCGUGAACUGUUCUUUGCCCUGGGAGCAUCCUGUGGGGCUGGUAACUUGCAGCAUGGUGUGAACUGACUGAGCAGUAGAGAGGCAGGACUGACAGUGCUGUUGUGUAGCUAAGCUGAAUGAGCUGUGAAUGGGUCUAUGGAGGCUGCACCAGUGUGCAGCUGAGCUCACAGGAAGAUGUAACACCACUGAAGCAGGCUGAGUAUCAAGACUAAAACCAGUGAGGAAGGUGCAUUUCCCAUCUGUGCCCUGCUUCAUGGCUCUGGCAGGGCCCUGGAGAGUGCUGUGAAGGAGGAGGCUGACUCUGCAGAUGAAGCCUCUGGAGGUGUUCAGGUGCUUGAGGCAGAGCAGAGCCCAUGAUGAGUCCAAGCUGUCAGUGUUGAGUGACUGGAAGCUCUCAGACACCAUAGAUGUGCUAGAAUGGAGCUGGCUGCUGUUCUAAGUUGGGAGGCAAGUGGGAGAUGGAUGUUUCUCCUCUUGUGUUGCGGUUCAGAUCCCCAGACUUCUGCUGGUCUGAUAGGCUUUAUGGCUUGAUAGUGUUGAAAAUACUUCUGUGCAUGUGGAGUGUGAUUCAUUUAAAUACUAUCUGGAACUUCUCACCUCUCCCAUGCGGGAAAAGGGACUGCUGUUGUCUGAGCUGUCUGGCACACAGUUUCAGGACACCGUGUUCUAAUCCAGGGACUGUUCCAGCUGGAAGCUGCAUCAGGCUGGUUUGUGCUCUCCAGGGGUGAAGAAGUGUACUCCUGUAGCUGUGGGGUGCUUUCCUACCUGAAUCCCUCAGGUAGGCAGAGAUCUGCUCUAAGCAAUAGCAACUCUUCAUUAGAGAUGGUAGAAAGAGGGAUUUGAAGUGUCUGGGGACUCUGUGCAUCUCUUGCCCAACUCACUGCUGUUCUGCAGAGCACUCAGGUACCAGUUUCUGGGUAUCACCAUGCAGGCUGCAGUUUGGAGGUGUUCGUUUCGGUUGUGAGCAGGCAGAGGAAAACAUUUCCUACUUGGUGUUCCUGCUGUAGGGAAGCAAAGGUUGGGCAAGGACACAAAGUCCAUAUUGAUUGCUAAAACUAUGCAGGCCCUUUGCUUACCUGCUUUUGUGCAUGAGCAGCACAGCCUCCGUCCUGCCUGUGGACUUUGCCCUACAGGCCUGUAACUAGCACUAGCACCUUGAGAACAACCACCCCUUCAUUAUGUUCUUUUUCAAUUCCUUUUGAGGCUAAAAGGCUUCAGCUUGUGCGAGCUGAAUUGUCCCUUGUGGGGGAGCAGCCUGUCACAUUUCCCCUCCAUGCAAUGACUAUGGAAGGGCUGCACAAGCACCUGGCCAAGUCGGAGAAGUGGCUGUGCUCCUCCUGUUGUUGCUUGCUGUGCCUCGGCCUGAGCCCCGCUUGCCUGCUUUGCCAUGGAUGGGUGACACGGUGCCUGGGUUGUCCUCCUGCUGCUGCUCAGCACUGAGCCCGAGCUGCUGUUAGGAACCUGCACAGCUCCCCUGGAACCGAGGGGCCUUCACCAGAGCCGAGAGGUGCGAAGGGCUCAAAGCACUUGAGGGAUGAAGGAGCAGCUGUAUCUCCAUCCCAAGGAGGUUCUGCUGACUCAGCACCCUCGGGGGACAAGCCCUGCCCUCCCUGGGGGUGCGAGGAGCAGGUUAUGAGUUCACCCUUCACCAGUGCUGAGGCAUCACCCGGGUGAGCGGGCAGCGCAUCCAUCCUGUCCUCUGCAGGCAGGGCUCUGGUACCCCUGGGGUGCCCUGUGUUCUGCUGCUGAGGAGCUUCUGCACUAGGUCAUGGGCUGACCUUCCUCUUGUAUGUUUGUGUACAUAGAGAAUGCUUUUGGCCAUCUUCAGCAUGGUCCUUGAGCAGAAGUGUGUUAUGUGUGAGGAGGG